AUGCGUUUACUGAGCCAACAAACGCGUUGCCUGGCUGCGGGCCUACUUCUCACAGUCGCCAGAGCCCAAGACUCCAGUCCUACAGGUCCAGUACACCCGGGCCAGCCCGAGAACUGCAACGGCUGGCAUACCGUGGUCAAGGACGAGAAUUGUCAGAUCGUGUCUCAAGCCUACGGUAUAUCCACGGAGCAGUUCCUUGAGUGGAACCCCGCGGUUUCCUCCGACUGUCGCGACAACUUUUGGCUCGACUCGGCCUACUGUGUGAGCGUCGGAAAGACCAGUACCAGACCCACCAUAUCCUCGCGACCUACAUCCACGUUCACUUCUGGUUCCAAAUCAUCUUCCUCCGGAAUCACUUCUCAGACGGCCAUCACGUCAACCCCUGCGACGACGAGCACUUCGUACAACUCGACUUAUUCUGUCUUACACCCCGUCACCUCGUGGAACGUGUCGGCUACCAGUACCGACAAUGCAUGGCCACCAACCAAGACGCUCGCAGGGCAGUCGGAAAUUUGCAACUCAUGGUACCGCGUUAUGCCCGGCGAUACAUGUCAGCGAACGGUAGACAAGUUCGGACUGAAAUCCAUCGACGAGUUUGUGAGCUGGAAUCCCACGACCAAGGACGAUUGUGAGAUGCUUCUCGCCGAUUACUGGGUCUGUGUUGGCGUUCAAAGACAAACAGGUAACACGGAUCUGAUCUGGGAGACGGCCCAGCCAGACUUCACCGCGCCUCCUGAGCCGACCGAUUACACGCCUGUUACACUACCCACAGCCGAUGCGAGUUUCGCACCAAUCCCAUCGCAUGGACCUAUGCCGUCCAACUGCAAAGUUUUCCAUCAGGCGACAGCCGACCAAAAUUGCAAUGACAUUGUGAAGUUGUACGGCUACUUCUCACAACAGCAAUUCUUGUCGUGGAACCCAGCCCUCGAUGGCAAUUGCCUAGGUCUUUGGCUCGACACUUGGUACUGUGUUGGCGCAUACGCGGAUGCUGAUCUCCCACUACCCGCACAUCAGACGGCCAAACCGACGGAGGGCAAAAUCCCUCUGGGGUAUCCCAACGACUGCGCGCGAUGGUAUCAGACAACCUUCGACGACACGUGCGACCUUAUCGCGCUUAUGUUCGGUAGCUUCAGCGAGGCCGAAUUCGUGAAGUGGAAUCCCUCCGUUUUCGGCGAUUGCGCCGGCAUCGUUUCAGAUGCAUGGUACUGUAUAGGUCGCCCCGGCACGCCGACUACGCGUACUCAAGGCGCGCCUUCGCCGACGCAGAUGACAGAGACCAUACAACCGACUGCGACGCAGCCGACAACCACUACAUCAAAGCCAACUGAGCCUGUGCAGACACCUUCACCUGUUCGCGAAGGCAUGGCGGACCAUUGUGUGAGCUUUCACCUCCAGCAGCCAGACGAGUUCUGCUACGCGAUGGCGACUGGCGCCGGCAUCUCUUUGGCGUAA